AGUUCACCAAUUCGAUCACAUCUCAUCGCGUGCAUGGGGGAAUUCGGAGGUACUUUUAUGUUCCUCUUCUUCGCAUUUAUGCUUCAUAUUACCGCCACCGCACAAUCCGAUCCGACGAAACCUCCAGACACCAUCACAGUGUUAACUAUUGCUUUCGCAUACGCAUUCUUUUACGGACUAUGGCUGCUCAUCAACGCUCUCAUCUUGCAAGGCAUCAACGGUGGCAUGUUCAACCCUGCCGUAACUCUUGGACUUACCUUUUCCGGAGUGUUGUCCAGCACCAGAGCAGCUCUUCUGAUACCGAUACAACUACUCGCCGGCGUUACAGCAGCCGCUGUCGUGAGAAUUGUUUUACCCAUCGGGAACAUGGGAAGGGUGUACACAAGUCUCACUGCAGGCACCUCUGUUGCGCAAGGCUUGUUUCUGGAAAUGUUUCUCACUUCACUCCUGGUCAUUGUUGCCAUAAUAUUUGUGCCGAGAACAGGCGCGUUAAGCUUCAUGGCGCCCUUGGGAAUCGGACUUGCUCUCUUCGUUGGCAUAUUUGCUGGCCUGGGGUACACUGGCGCCUCUCUCAAUCCUGUGCGCUCAUUUGCGCCAUGCGCAGUCACAUCGGACUUUCCGCGCUCUCACUGGAUUUAUUGGGCAGGACCUUUCCUCGGGGCCUUGCUCGCUAGUGUCUAUUCCCAAUUUGCACGAAUCAUUCGCACCGGCAAGGUCCGCCCGAACAUAUCACAGGACAAUUUGGGGGAGAGGUACGCGCACGAGGAA